AUGCCCCCCCCGCGCCCCCAGCCCUCCUGCCUGUCCGACUUCUUCGCCUACGAGACCCCCAAGUCGGUGGUGGUGAAGAGCUGGGUGGUGGGCGCCGUCAACCGGGCCGUGCAGCUCCUCAUCCUCUCCUACUUCAUCGGCUGGGUGUUCCUGCACGAGAAGGCUUACCAGGUGAGGGACACCACCAUCGAGUCCUCCGUGGUCACCAAAGUCAAGGGCGUGGGGAGAUAUGGGGACCGCAUCCUGGACACCGCCGACUACGUCACCCCCCCGCAGGGCACCUCGGUGUUCGUGGUGGUCACCAGGCAGAUCCUGACGGAGAACCAGGUGCAGGGCGUCUGCCCCGAGAGCGAAGCCACGUACCGCUGCACCGCUGACCGCGACUGCCGGGGAAAGAGCCUCACCACAGGCAGCGGGGUGCUGACGGGGCGCUGCGUGCCCUACAACGACACCCUGCGCACCUGCGAGAUCCGGGGCUGGUGCCCGCCCGAGGUGGACACCGUCAGCGUCCCUGUGAUGCUGGAGGCCGAAAACUUCACCCUCUUCAUCAAGAACAGCGUCCGCUUCCCGCUCUUUGGAUUCGAGAAGGCCAAUCUGCCCCCCCAGGCCAGCGCGGAGGAUCUGCGGCGCUGCCGCUUCCACCCCGAGCGGCAGCCGCUCUGCCCCAUCCUGCGGCUGGGCGACGUGGCGCGCUUCGCCGGGCAGGACUUCGCCACCCUGGCCACCACCGGGGGGGUGCUGGGCAUCAAGAUCGGCUGGGUGUGCGACCUGGACCGCUCAUGGGAGCUGUGCCUGCCCCGCUACUCCUUCACCCGCCUGGACGGCGUCACCCGGCACAGCCCCAGCUCCCCCGGCUACAACUUCAGGCAUGCCCGGUAUUACCGCGGGCACAACGGCACUGAGCUCCGCACCCUCACCAAGGCCUUCGGCAUCCGCUUUGAUGUCUUGGUGUACGGCAACGCUGGGAAAUUCGGCAUCGUCCCCACGCUCAUCAACACAGUGGCCGCCUUCACCUCCAUCGGCGUGGGCACGGUGCUGUGCGAUAUCAUCCUGCUCAACUUCUUGAAGGGCGCUGAGCACUACAAGGCCCGCAAGUUCGAGGAGGUGCCAGAGGCCAGCGUGCCCCCCCCCUCCACCAGCCCCACGACAUGUGCCCCCGGGGCCAUGGGGGACCAGAGCCGGGAGAAGCAGUCCACCGACUCGGGCACCUCCUCCCUCGGCCUCUAG